AAAACAAAUUAAUAAAUUCCAGGCCGCAGCCCGCAGUCCGACCGUCCACUCAGCGAUUUGACAUUGAGCUGCAGUCAGUAUAGUGCGCGCGAGUGGAAAUGUGAAGUGUUCGAAAAUGUGACACUCUUUCCGCGAACUCUCUCAAGGAGCAGCUGAUAUAGACACGGAUUCGCGCGAGCGCCGAGAACGGAAAUUGGAGCAGAAAGAAAAUCGCUGCGGACUUCAAGGCUCGUCGACACUGCGCUUGACAUAUGUCACAUUAGUGAUUAGCGAAUUAGUGAUUGAUUCGCGGGGUCGAGAGAGGGAGUGCGAACGAGACAGAGAAAGAGAGAGAGAGAGAGAGAAACAUCCAUAGGUUCGUGUCUCGCAUCUGAAGCGCGACGCACUGACUUAGCUUGGGCUGCUUGGAAAAUGAGGUGGUAAUUAUGCGUCUGAAGGGGAAAAACAACAGCAAGUCGUUUCCCAGUGUCUACAAAGUUCUCUCGCGUAUAUGCCGUGCCGUCGACAAAGGUCAACUCGAUGGUUUCAUGGCUGAGAGUGCUGUAGCUCCACUCAAGAGUGAAUUGAACUCAAAUACCAUGGGUUUUGCAACACAGCCAAUGAACGAAACAUCUGACAACUCCAAUACUGUAUACGCUGUAGGACACUAUGCUCCAAAAGUUUUGAGAAAUUUGAACUCGCAGAGACUUAAAAACCAAUUCAGCGAUGUGGGUUUGGUGGUUGGGAAUACAGUUAUUAGAGCACAUAGAUCUGUUUUGGCGGCAAGCAGUGCUUACUUCAAUGCUAUGUUUACGGGUGGACUAGUUGAGGAACAGCAAGAACUUGUAGAAAUUCAUUCAAUAUCUGAAAACAUUUUGUCCAUUCUGAUAGAUUUUAUUUACACUGGAAAUGUUAAUAUAACUCAAGACAAUGUGCAGGAACUCUUUGCUGCAGCUGACAUGCUGGAAUUGGACGAAGUAGUUUCUAGUUGUAUUUCUUACCUACAAGAACAACUGCAUUAUUCCAAUGCCCUUGGAAUUUACAGAUUCGCAGAAGCUCACAAUCGAGUCGACCUACUAGAGACUGCCUUACGUUUUAUUGAAGUCAAUUUUCCUCGCGUUUCACAGGAAGAGGAAUUUUUGGAUCUGCCAAAAGAACAUCUAGUUCACUUUCUUAGUAGUGAAAAUAUUCACAUCGAUACAGAAUUUCAGGUCUUCCAAGCAGCAUAUAACUGGAUCACACAUGACAUACCAGCCAGACGUUGUUACGUUUUUGAAAUAUUUGGUCACAUAAGAUUGCGAUUGUGUUCCAUGGCUCGCCUCGACCGAGUUAUUUACGAAUGCAACGAUGGCAGUCUCAUAGUGGCCCUGACCUCUAUUCAAAAAGACUUGAUAUCUAAUAAAGGAUGCCUUGUACCAUUGCGCGCACAACCUCGUCUCUGCGCUAAAAAAAACAUUUUAGUAAUCGGCGGUUCUAAACGCGAACAUUCAACAGAUGGCUGGGUUAGACCCGCUGAAAGUACCUAUGAAACUAUCAAUAAAUACGACACGUUUAAUAACACAUGGAGCGAAGUAGCACCAAUAGGAAUAGGACGAAUUUUGCCUGGUGUUGCACUGUUGGAUGGAAAAGUAUAUGUGGUAGGCGGCGAGCUUGAGUCUUGUAUUAUCGCGAACGGAGAAUGUUACGAUCCUCGCGACAACGUGUGGACACCCAUUGCCUGUAUGAUAGAAGCCAGAUGCGAGUUUGGAUUAUGUGCCUUGGACAAUAGUUUAUACGCGUUCGGCGGUUGGGUUGGCGAAGAUAUCGGUGGAACUAUCGAAGUUUAUGAUCCAAUGGCGAACACUUGGACUUUAAGCGGAAAAUUGCCCGAGCCACGGUUUAGCAUGGGAGUCGUUGCAUACGAUGGAUUGAUAUACAUUGUUGGUGGUUGCACUCAUGACAGUAGACAUCGACAGGACGUAAUGAGUUACAACCCUGUGACAAGAGAGUGGAAUUCUCUUGCUCCAAUGUUGACACCCCGUUCACAGAUGGGCAUUGCUGUUCUUGAUGGUUAUAUGUAUGUUGUUGGAGGAACCAAUAAAAAUCAAGAAGUCCUAUCUUCUGUCGAAAGAUAUUCUUUCAAAGAGAAUACAUGGACUAUGGUUCCCCCUUUAAAUGUUGGUCGGUCUUAUCCUGCCGUAGCGGCUGCCGACGGCCGUUUAUAUGUAAUUGGCGGUGAUCAGCCGCAAGAAAUUAAUUUCUAUCGAACACAAAUCACGGUAUCUACCGUCGAACGUUAUGAUCCACUUUUGUAUAAAUGGACUGAAUGUGCUCCUUUACCUACUAGCAGAGGUGAGGCUGCCGCUGUUAUUGCUCCCUUUUGAUUGCAAUUUUAGCUUUUGUUAUACCACUCUUUACUCGUUCCUAUUUUUCUUUUCAAUUCACGAUUCUCUUCAAGCAUCACAAAAGUGGCAAGUUUAUUAAAAGCAUACGCAAAAAUUUAAGAAUUUCAUUUGUGCUUUCACUUUUAAUGAUUAUUAUAGGUGUAUUUUGAAAAAUUGCAUUACUUAUGUCAGAGAUGGGCACGCAUUUUGAAUUUUUUCACAAUUUGUUUUAUUGAACGUACGUGUUUUUUCGACAUUUUUAACGGAGUUAAAUAAUUUAAAACGAUAUUAUCCCGAUAAUCAACUGUUACUUUUUACGAAUAGAGUGUUGGUAAAGUGUUUGCAUAUUUUUGCUUGAGCAAAUGAAAAAUAUAUUUUAUGAAAACAAAAUCAACGAAUGUAUGCAGUAUUCAAACGCCACGGUAAUUUGCCCGUUUCUGCUUAUGCGAUAGAGAGUAAAUUUUUGUUAUGUAAAUAGAUUCUUACCAAAGUUAUUGGAAAUUAAUCCAACUGGUGAUAUUGACUUACCUAUAAAUUUAUUAAAAUUUUACAUGAAAAAUAUAAGUAGGAAUGUGCAUUCAAAAGAGCGUAUACAAAUGUUCACAUCACUUAGAUGUUACACGAGCAGUUCAAUUUUUACAACUUAUCUGCUUUCUUUAUUAUCAAGAUUUUUUUUAUGCAUUUACACUAACUCAAUGUACGGAACUGAUUGUUUACCAAAAAAAAAUAUAUUUACGACUCUUUUAUUAUUGCUUUUAAUCCGGAUUCGGUUACACGAGAAAACCAAAAGAAAUUGCUGUUGUGCGUUAGCAGAGAAGAAUAAGCAAAUAAAAAAAAAAUACGUGAGGCUGAAAAACAGUAGAUUUUUUCAAUAUUUCUUAUUAAUCAUAUCAAUUAGUUGUCCUCUUUUAUAUGUAAUCUCACUGGUGAUUUCGUACUUGACACUUGUAACCUAGUUUUUAAGUUAGUUUACAGCUCGAACAAUCUCAUAACUAGUUAUGAUCUCCGCAAUGAUAAAGGUGUUUAAAGUAACGAGACACAAGUAGAAAAUUUUCAACGAUCAUACUCUUUAAAUGUUCCUAAAUACUUGUAGAACGUCAUACAUUUUCCGAUUGUCCAUCGAAUAAAGCGAGUUCCUUAUAGAGGAAUUGAUUGGAAAUAACAAAGCAAAAACCAUUUAACUCACUUCGUCCGUUAUUGAUGGUCCGUAUGCUUACGUUAGGCCAGCAAUGAAAUCUUUGAUUGUAAAUAAAGAUAUUUUAUAGAGAAGUGUUACACGCGAUUACUAGAAGCGUCAAACGUGAGAUUUGCAGACAAAAACGAACAAAAAACGUACAGUUCCGGAGGACCUUUAUUAUUGCGAAGGUUGACAAUUGCUUGAUAUCAGUAUAAAUCGAGUGCCUAGUGAUGUGAGGGAGGAUCUUGUUAUAUUAUUGAACUUAUAAUUGCAUUAAUUCUAACCACACCGCAUGGCAUUUAGCGAUUUCACACGAAGCAAAAUAAAUAAGUGGUAGAUCCUAUCUAAUCUGCAAAUUUAAAGUGAAUAUAUUGAUGAAACGAUAAGGUUCGAGUACCACGGGAAGCUCUUUUCUUUACUUGAAAAGUAUAUUUUCUUGUAUCAAAUUGAAUAAUCAUGAUGGAUAACGAUUGAUCAAAAUAACUCGAUACUUGACUUGUAUUAGUUUUACGUAACUUUUUACAUUGUUACUUUGUUGAAUGUCCACUAAGAGCAUUACUUCGUUUCGCAAUAAUUGAGUUCAUCACUGCCAAUUUAAAUCCAAUUAGUUUAAUGAAGAAAGCAAAGAUCAUAUUGAUCUAAUUGAGGUGUAACGGUUUUAGUGUUUUUAAUGCACGUUUUAAAUUACUAGUAAGUUAUUAAAAAUAAGUUAUCGCGAUGCGAACGUUUUAUCUAUAUGUGUUGGUCGAGAAAAAUCCAAUCUAAACAAGGCGCACUGAAAAAUGGCUUUGUUUGUAAGCACCUAUAUUGAAACGUAAACUGUCGUCAAUGAUCGACCGGUGAACAAAAAAAAGUUUUUCUUAUAUAUUCACUUUACCUUUGAUACAAAAUACAUAGCUAUCUGCUGUUUAUUCAAUCGAUAUGAAUACGCAUGUCGGUGCAGUCAUCACAUGAUCUCUCUGUAUCGUAAAGCCGUUUUCGCGAUGUGUCAUUCGAUGGCCUUUUAUAUAUGCUUACUGAAAACUUAAUUUUACUGCAUUUAGCUGUAAGUCAUGUCUGAAGGAACAUUGUUGAAAAAAAAAUCUCCGACGAAGGAAUUGCUCCGAGCUCACUGUUCUAUAUAUUUAAUAUGUGUGUUGCGAGUGAUAUAUGAAAAACAAUUGACUCACCGAAAGAUCCAGGAUCAUAAUGAAACUUUUUCCGCGUAUCCGUCUAGCUCUUCCACACAUGCACACGCAAAGAAAAAACAUAAAAAAAAACACUGACUUCGAAUCGAAUAUCGAGAGAAUCAAGCCGUUUUUAUACAGAAAACAAGUUGAACAAAAAAGUAUUGUUAUAUAUGAAACUGAUCAAAGUAGUUUUUAAUUAAUGGUGUGCAGGAGCAUAAUUUGCGGAAAAAAACGAAGCCAUCUCAAAGUAUAUAAAUUAUAAAAGUGAGCCGAACACGAUCGAAUUCUUAAAAACAGUUGAUAUAUAAAAAAAACAUACUUAAACGCGAUGUCGAAUUCAAGGGUUUAUCAAUGAUGAUGGUUUUUUUGUUAUUUAUAUCUAUAUCGAGCUUUAGUUUUGUAGGACAUUAUAUAUUUGCAACGCCGCGCUCCAUAUUCGAAAUAACUCCGCGUAAAAUCAAAAAAGGCUUUAAAGCAUAUAGUAAGUAGCGAAUCAAUAAGAGCGCAUCAACCAUGUUGAAAGGAACUGUUUUCAUUGGUAAAUUUUCUGCUUCGACAUCUUAAAGUUUAUAUACUUUAUGAAUAUAUACCAACCAAUCAAUACAUCUAAUAUAUAAUUACAUAAGUUUCAAGACAUGGACGUUUUAAAUAUUAAGAAAUAAAAAUAAAGUAUAUUGUACUAUCGAGUUUAUCAUAGGUCGUAUUAUUAAAAGAAAACGCAGAGAAAAGCCUGGAGAUGCAUCUAUGAUACAUGGACAUGUGUAAUCUGGUGCGUUUUUUCCAUUUUCGUUUUCUUCACGUGUUAAAAAGCUUUAUUUACAACACAGAGAACAAAUCUAUGUGCGUGUGUUCACUCAACACGUGAAACCACGUGUUAUUCGCGCAUAAUAUACAAACGUCUCGAUGAGCGUUCACGACGCAUCACUUAUAUUAUAUGGUAUGAUUUCACCUUAAUAAGCUGUAAGAAAAUAAAAUGGAUUUUUAUGAAUAAUCUCUA